GGACUUUGUCCACCAAAAACGGAGCUGAAGAAGGAGGCUCUUGACUUUUAAGCCAUUUUCGUCUUCCUUCGCUUACCUACAAUGGAGAUACCAGUGUACACGCUGGAUUCCUUCACCAAUUUGCCGUUCAAGGGAAACCCUGCGGCAAUUUGUCCACUUCUGCAUGUGAGAUCAAGAUUCCGCCUUCGAUGGUUUACACCAACUACUGAAGUAGACCUGUGCGGUCAUGCCACUCUGGCCUCUGCAGCAGUGCUAUUCCAACACAUCAAAAAUGUAAAUCCCACCCUGGUGUUUGAGACCAAAAGUGGAGAUCUUUCCGUCACCCAGAAGGAGGAAGGGUACAUCAUGGACUUUCCUCUGAAUCCCCCCACCAGAGUGGAUCCCAACGACUUCAAAGACACCAUCAAGGCGGCAGUCGGAAACCUCCCGGUUCAGGAAGUUUUAUUUUGCUACAACACCAAGAAGCUGCUGAUUCGACUGGCUGACAGCUGUGACAUCUCCGCGCUUACCGAUCUGAAAGUUGACACUGUGGCUCUUGAGAAUACUGAGAGAAGUGGAAGAUUCUGCGCCGUCAUCAUCACUAUGAAAGGAUCACCUGACUGCCAGCCACGAUAUGACUUCUACUCGAGAGACUUUUCUCCAUGGUUUGGCGUCCCUGAGGAUCCUGUCACUGGCUCUAACCACACAAUCCUAGGUAGCUACUGGUCUGAAAAACUAGGAAAGAAGAAAAUGCUGGCUUACCAGUGCUCCAGUCGUGGUGGCGAGCUGGAACUUGAACUGAGGGAUGAUGGAAGAAUCAACAUAGCUGGACAGGCCAUCACUAUUCUGCAGGGAACAAUCAAACUGUAGACUGAGACACAUCCAAGAAGACGGCGUCUGAUGUUCUAUCUUAACCAUUGUGUCCCUGCAGAUAGACACUUUAUGGCUCUUGUUUAAAAAUUAGAUGGCUAAAAUAAAAAGAAAAAACGCACUCAA